UGCAGUCUUGAAGUAGAAGAUAAGAAUACAAAAGGUAGACUCAUUGCUGAACUGCAAUGAACACAGAAAAUUAAAGUUUUUAACUUUUUCAGGCUUAGCUUCUUCAUGUGCCUAUUAAAGAUUCAACAUCUAUAGUUUAUUAACAUCCCUCAUACCACUUUUUUUUUUUCAUGUUCUUUGAUAAGCUCAGUAUAGGCAACAUGAUCUUCAGGACACUCCUACUAUUCGUUGCCUUUAUGGUGACAAAUUCAGUUGCUCUCAUGGAUAAACAUACAUACAUAAUACACAUGGACAAGACCAAGAUCAGAGCCUCAGUCCAUUCCCAAGACAACACAAAACCUUGGUUCAAAUCAGUCAUUGAUUUCAUCUCUGAAGUUUCACUUGAAGAAGAAGAAGAGAUAGCCCCUCAGCUUCUUUAUGUUUAUGAAACCAACAUGUUUGGUUUUGCAGCUCAACUUUCAAAUAAACAGCUUGAGUACUUGAACCAAGUCGAUGGUUUCCUUUCAGCCAUACCUGAUGAACUAUUAACCCUCCACACAACAUACACCCCCCAUUUUCUUGGCCUACAGAAUGGAAGAGGACUAUGGAGUGCCCCUAACUUGGCCUCAGAUGUGAUCAUAGGGGUUCUUGAUACAGGAAUAUGGCCUGAACAUAUCAGUUUCCAUGACACAGGUUUGUCCAAAGUACCCUCUCACUGGAAAGGUGCUUGUGAAGUAGGCACCAACUUCUCUACCUCAAAUUGUAACAAGAAACUUAUUGGUGCAAGAGUCUUUCUCAAAGGGUAUGAAAAAUUUGCUGGAAGAAUCAAUGAAACAUUGGAUUAUCGUUCAGCUAGAGAUUCACAAGGACAUGGAACACACACAGCCUCAACUGCAGCCGGUAACAUGGUGAGUAAUGCCAGCUUUUUUGGCUUGGCCAAAGGUUCAGCCAGUGGAAUGAGGUAUACCUCAAGAAUUGCUGCUUAUAAAGUAUGCUGGCGUUUAGGCUGUGCUAACUCUGAUAUAUUGGCAGCUAUUGAUCAAGCUGUUGCUGAUGGUGUUGAUGUAUUGUCACUCUCUUUAGGUGGCAUUGCUAGACCUUAUUACAAUGAUAGCAUUGCCAUAGCUUCAUUUGGAGCAACCCAAAAUGGAGUUUUUGUUUCUUGUUCUGCAGGCAAUUCAGGACCCUCUAAAUCAACUGUUGGAAAUGUUGCUCCAUGGCUCAUGACUGUUGCUGCUAGCUACACUGACAGAAGCUUUCCAACACAAGUCAAGCUUGGGAAUGGAAAGGUUUUCAAAGGGUCAUCUUUAUAUAAGGGAAAGAAAACAAACCAAUUGCCUCUUGUGUAUGGUAAUUCUUCAAAAUCACAAAGAACAGCACAGUACUGCCUCAAAGGUUCACUUGAUCCAAAGCUUGUCAAAGGAAAAAUAGUUGCUUGUGAAAGAGGACUAAAUAGUAGAACUGAAAAGGGAGAGGAAGUGAAGAUUUCAGGUGGGGCAGGAAUGAUAUUACUCAACUCAGAAAACCAAGGAGAAGAGCUUUUUGCUGACCCUCAUGUUUUGCCAGCCACUUCCGUAGGAGCCUCAGCAAGUAAAGUAAUCAGAAGCUACAUUCACUCAUCAAAAGCACCAACAGCUUCAAUUUCCUUCAUAGGGACAACUUUUGAAGACCCUGCACCAGUUAUGGCAGCAUUUUCUUCUAGAGGACCAAGUGCAGUGGGACCAGAUGUAAUCAAGCCAGAUGUAACAGCACCUGGUGUGAACAUCUUGGCUGCAUGGCCUCCCAAAACUAGCCCAAGUUUUCUCAAGAAUGACAAAAGAAGGGUACUAUUUAACAUAGUCUCAGGUACCUCAAUGUCAUGUCCUCAUGUUAGUGGCAUAGCUGCAUUGAUAAAAUCUGUGCAUAAAGAUUGGUCACCUGCAGCUAUCAAAUCAGCACUGAUGACUACAGCUAGCACAUCAAACAAUAAAGGUGCUCCAAUUGCUGACAUUGGCUCAAACAAUUCAACGUUUGCUAACCCUUUUGCAUUUGGUUCAGGCCAUGUUGACCCUGAAAGAGCUUCUGAUCCAGGGUUAGUCUAUGACAUCACCGCCAAAGACUACUUAAACUACUUGUGCAGCCUGAAAUAUACAUCCUCCCAGAUUGCUUUGUUGUCAAAAGGUAAUUUUAAAUGUCCCAAAAAUUCAGUUCUUCAAGGUGGUGACUUGAACUAUGCUUCAUUUUCUGUGCUAUUUGGGAUAAGUGCACUAAAAGCUAGUGUGACAUACAAGAGGGUAGUCACAAAUGUAGGAAAUCCCAAAAGUUCUUAUGCAGUGAAAGUGGAAGCACCAAAGGGAGUAUCAGUUACUGUUGAACCAAGGAAUUUGAGUUUCAAAAAACUUGGUGAGAAAUUAAGUUAUAAAGUGACUUUUGUUUCAAAUGGAAGAACAGCAGUUACUGGUGUUUCAUCAUUUGGAUCACUUACUUGGGUCUCAGAUAAAUAUACUGUUAGAAGUCCUAUAGCAGUAACAUGGCAGUAAUGGGGAUGGUCUUUGUAAUGAUGGUAGUAUUUGAGAGAAGCAGAAAACUAUUUUUUAAGCUCUUAGCAUGGAAUUUUAUUUGAUCAAUGAUGAUCCAUCACUUGUAAGACAUGCUUGAGCUAACCUAUACUUGUU